AUGGUGGCUGGCCGGCCGGUCGCGUGCGCCAAGGCCGUGGUGAUUAAGACGCUGAUCAAGAAGCCGAAGAAGCCCAACUCAGCCAACCGGCGCUGCGUCCGUGUGCGGCUCAGCGUCACCGGCUCGCCGGAUCGCAUCGCCCAUGUCCCGGGGGAGGGACACAAUCUGCAGGACCACAAUACUGUCAUGGUGCGGAACGGGCGCUGUCAGGACCUGACCGGGGUGCUGCUGAAAGUGGUGCGCGGGAAGUGCGAUUGUGCGCCCGUCAAGAAGAAGACCACCGGUGAACGUUGAGAGAAAGGCACCGUGUUUUCUCUGUAACGCAUCUUAA